AUGACAUGUCCGGGGUGCGAGGCCGAAUUCAAGACUCUGUCCCUUCUGUUCCGCCACAUGGAAUCGAGACUCUGCGCCCUGAGGAACUGGCAAGAAGCAACGGGCCUGAUGCAUCUCCUCUUCAGCUUGACGCAAGAAAUCGAUGUGGCCAACAGGACUUGCAAUAUGUGCAAAAGACUGUUUGACUCUGAAGCCGGUCUUUUUGAUCACGUGCGGUAUCAACAUGAGAACACCAUCUGCCGAACGUGUGACAGGGUUUUUCGCGACUCGGAAGAAUGGCAUAAACAUAUCAUCUCACGCACACCGAUCAAAGUUCGGGCUUCCGUCUGCGCCAUGUCCCAGCCUUCUGUUGCUUUUGACAUGGGAAAGCACUACAACGACCAUAUGUGGCACUUCCACAACAAAUGCGCGCCUUGUGGAUUGAACUUCGGCAAUAAGCAGGAACGGUUGGUUCACGGGGCUGUGGCUCAUCAUAGAUGCCCUGACUGUUUCCAGUUCUUCAUGUGCCCAGAUGACCUAUGCAAUCACUACAAAGAGCUUCAUGGGGUCAACCCUCUUACUCUGGUCGAACCGGCCUCGCCGACGGUUCCGGCUGUACCUAUGAAGAAAGAAUUUCCAACGAUCACUUCUCCUCCAACGGUCACUUCCAUUCCGACCACCGUUACCCAAGUAAAAUCGGAAGCAAGCCCAGAAGCUCCCUUGAAUAGAGUUGCUUCUCCGGAGAUCAAACCUUCAGUGAGAACCCAAGGCCUUCGAAUAAAGUGUGCGACAGCUCAAGCAUCGGCUGUAUUUGAGACUUAUCCACCGAGAAGCGCUGUAGCAAAGGCCACGCCCAAGAGGAAGAAGAUGGGUACAAGUCAGAGUUUGAAAACCAGUUUCUUGGUUUCUAAGGGAUGA